UGGCAUAAAAAUAAUCCUUUUGAAAAAUGGUUUCUAUCUCUUAAAAAGGCGCCAUGAAAUGAUAGUGUUUUGAAGSCAAAGAGCUCCYAAAAGAGGACGUCUUAGCACGGAUUUUAGCUGGUGUAAACAGCUCAUCUUUAAGAUAGUACAAGCACUUUAAGGGAAACACUACGAUUGUCUUUAGCUGCCUAGCAACAACAACAAAGGCACUGACAAAGGUUUAAACCUGGACAAAAAGAUCGUCUAGAAGACCCGCCACAUUUAAAAGAAGCCGCCUUGUCAACGUUUGUAUGUACUGGUAUAUAAAAACAAUCUUUUUUAUAUUUAUAUAGCAUACAUUACUUCAAAAUAAGGCAACAAAAGCAAAAGAGCAAGAGAGUCCCGUCAAAGCGACACAACAAAGUGUCAAAAACAUCAGCUUUUCAAAUUAUAGCUUUCACUAUAUAAACGGGCGGCACGCAGACUUCUAAAACUGGUUAAAAGAAAAAAGAAAAUUAAAGAAACCAUAUGGCAACUUAAAAAGGACGUGCUUCGAUCAUAAUAUAACUAAUUUAUGCCUGAGUACUGUGCCCAUUGACAUCGACGGGAGCAAUCCAAGAAAGCCUUCUCGGAACACUAUUGCCAUUUUCAAAAACGCGCCAUUGAAAUGUAGUAUUAUUUAGCAUKGUUCAAAUUAUUUCUGAAACAUAAUGGGACGCAGCUGAAAUUGAAGUAUAAAGGAACUAUACAUUUUAAUAAGAACAAUCAAACUAUGAGAGACGGAAAUAUCUACGCUUCGUCAGCAAGGAACGGGGUAGAACAACGGUUGUUGGCCUCUGUUAUUGGAACUCUAAAUAUAGUUGCAUUUGUGGGGAAUAUCUUCGUAUGUAAUGCCGUGGUAAGAAACCCWCGACUUAGACYAAAUAUUUCCAACUUUUUCGUAUUUGCAUUGGCUGUAAGUGARAUUUUCAUCUGUUCAUUAUGCAUGCCUUUUACUCUUGGAACAACGAUUUCGGGCAAAUGGAUUUUCGGUUCAUUUYUGUGUCAGCUGUCAGGGUUCGCGARGRUUACAUUCGCGAUGAUAUCUCUUCAUAKCAUGGGCCUAAUCUCUCUGAAUCGCUACUUCUGUAUAUGCAAAAGAUCAAAAUAUCAAACCAUAUUCAAAAAGCGCCGAACUGUCCUUUUUAUUAUAAUGGUAUGGUUCACAUCUUUAAUUGGCUCCGUCCCACCUUUAUUCAUUAAUGUCGGUGGAUACUCCUUCCAGCCUGGGAAAUCUAUGUGCCUUUACACGUUCGAAGCUAAUGUUCCAUAUACGAUCUUCAUCGAGGUGGUCUACAUUGGAUUACCUUUGGUGUUAAUCACAACCUGCUAUCGUGCUGUUUUUAAAGAGGUCUAUAGAAACAACCAGGAAAAUCUAUCCUAUUAA